AUGGAUCAAGACUUUAGGAUGAUGAGAAGCCAAGUGCCAGCCUUUGGGAGCUGGGAUUGGAACCAAGACCUCCCAUUUACUCAGUGCUUUGAGUCAGCAACGCAAGCUGGGCUUCUGCGCUACACCAGUUACUCUGAUGAGGAUCGUGAUUUAUAUGUUGCUGGCGAUUUGUAUGAGAACGACGUCGUCACACCUGCCAUGAUUGUUGUUCCUCGCAGAAGGAACAAAAGUCGUCAGUCAAAUGUGAAAGAAGCAAAAGAGCAAAGUUGGGUGGUGAGUGAUGUGAAGGAGCCACCAAGCCCUCCUCCCAGGCACAGGCCUACCCCCAAGCCUGUGGAUGAAGACUUGUACAAAAUCUCACCAGAGACUCUCUAUGCUAAAACCAGAAAGAAGAGAGGGUUUGGCUUCUUUUCAAGCUGCUUGCUGCCAACAUGUGUUGCGUGA